AUGAUAAAUGUCUGUCACUUAGGAGUGACAUGUACUGCAAGGGCCUUACUUGACUCCGGGUCUGAGGCUACUUUUAUCUCGGAGCGUCUCUUUAGGAUUUUGAAGCUUCCGUACCAAUCCGUACAAGCUAGAGUUUCCGGCUUAAAUCAAGCAGUAGCUGCCCAAUCAACUAAGAUGUGCCAUUUUCAAAUUGGGUCGCCAAUAAAACCUAGACUACACAUCGAGGCAGAAUCAUUUGUCGUGCCACUUCUAUCCGGAAAGUUGCCUUCAAACUCCAUACCAAAGGAGCAGUUAAAGGACCUUCCCAGUUUUACAUGGGCUGAUCCUUCGUUUUUCGAGAGCUCACAAAUUGAUUUGCUGAUUGGGGCGGAUAUUCUUCCGUCUAUUCUUCUGAGUGGCUCGAGGACAAAGAUUUGUGGCACUCUGUUAGGUCAGGAAACAGUAUUUGGCUGGAUCCUGAGUGGGCCAGUCUCCAAGGCCGUGCCAAAAUCUAUUUCGAACUUUUCCACAAAGGUCUCGAUAAGCUCUGAAGCUAAACUCGAGAAACUUCUCACAAAGUUUUGGGAGGUGGAGGAUCUUCCAGGGAAGCCGGUAAAAGAGUCCGAUUCUUUCUGUGAGAAGUACUUUGUGCAAACAACAAGGAGAGAUGACACUGGGAGAUAUGUCGUCACCCUACCAUUCCGAAGUUGUGAUCGGAUUGAUCUAGGGCAUUCAAGAUCCAUAGCACUGGCUCAAUUCCUAAAGAACGAAAGCCGUUUGAGAAAAAAUCCAACUCUUAAAAAGAAUAUGAAGCAGGCCUGUGUUACCCUACCAUUCCGAAGUUGUGAUCGGAUUGAUCUAGGGCAUUCAAGAUCCAUAGCACUGGCUCAAUUCCUAAAGAACGAAAGCCGUUUGAGAAAAAAUCCAACUCUUAAAGAAGAAUAUGAAGCAGUAAUCAGGGAUUACUUAGACCAGCGGCAUAUGUCUCCAAUCGUUCCAGACUCCAGUGGGAAGAAUUUCUACUUGCCUCAUCACGCCUUUUUUAAGCCAGAUAGCACUACUACCAAGGUUCGUGUAGUAUUCAAUGCUUCCUGCCCUACUUUUAAUGGAAAGAGCCUGAAUGAUAUCCUUCAUCCAGGGCCUGUUUUACAGUCCGAUUUGACUUUGCAGGUCUUACGCUGGCGGUUCUUUCGCUUCGUUUUCAAUGCCGACAUUACGAAAAUGUACCGGCAAAUUCUCGUUGCUCCAGAGCACACUCCAUUCCAAAGAAUCCUGUUUCGUGAUGCAAAUGACCAAAUCUGUGACUAUGAACUCAAAACAGUCACAUUUGGAGUAAAUUGUGCUCCGUUCCUUGCAAUAAGAGUAUUGCAGCAGUUGGCGAAAGAUGUGAGAACGACUUUUCCAUUGGCAAGUGAAAUUAUUUCUACUUCUAUGUACGUAGAUGACGUACUGGCUGGGGCGCACACAAAGCAAUCUGCUAGUGUAGCUAUUGAACAGCUACGUGCGGCGCUCAGGAGCGCAGGAUUUCCGUUGCGCAAGUGGACGUCCAACUCCAAGUGCAUUCUCAAGGACAUUCCUAAAGAUCACUUGCUAAGAGAGGGUUUCUUAGAGCUAGAUGAUCAGAGCACUGCCAAAACUCUCGGGAUUCGUUGGCAGGCAAAUAAAGAUGAAUUUUUCUUCGCCCCAUCCGAUAUUACUCCAAAGGCAGUCCUCAGUAAACGGGAGGUACUGUCACAAAUUGCAAGACUUUUUGACCCGGCAGGAUGGCUGGCACCUUUCGUGAUCCGAGCAAAAAUCUUUAUGCAGGAGAUUUGGCUCCAGCAGCUGGGUUGGGACGAUCCACUCCCUGCUGAGCUCAUGGGAAAAUGGAACGAAUUUCUUAUGAGCUAUCCUACUAUAAACCAACCAUAA